AUGGCUGCGGCUGUGACGGCGGCGUUGAUGGGCGGGGUCACGGCCGCGAGCUACGAUGAUAUUCCCGAUAUUGAGGUUUACGGACAGCACUUUUUCUACACCAACAAUGGGUCGCAAUUCUUCCUCAAGGGAGUGGCAUAUCAGCAGAACUACAGCCCAAAUGGGAGUACCAGCACCAACGCCACCUACACGGAUCCGCUUGCCGAUGCAACGGGCUGUGCGAGAGAUAUCCCAUACAUGAAGCAGAUCUAUACCAACAUCAUCCGUGUGUACGCUAUCGAUCCAACGAAGGACCACGAUGAGUGCAUGGCGCAGUUGGCCUCGGCAGACAUCUACGUGAUUGCUGAUCUGGGCGAACCGGGGACGUCGAUUGAAUCGAACGAUCCAGUAUGGGAUGUCACACUCUACAACCGCUACAUCAGUGUUAUCGAUUCGCUACAGAAGUACAAGAACGUCCUCGGCUUCUUCGCCGGAAACGAGAACGUCAGCUCAGGAAACCAGACUGCGGCCGCAGCGUUUGUCAAGGCCGCUGUCCGAGAUGCGAAGGGGUAUAUUAACAGCCAGGGCUACCGCAGCACUCUGGGUGUGGGAUACGCCACAGCCGACGUUCCCACUCGCGACGAGCUCGCGCACUACUUUGCCUGCGAACCUGAUUCUACGAACUCGACUCAGAUCGACUUCUGGGGCUACAACGUCUACUCGUGGUGCGGCGACAGCGACUAUUCAACCUCAUCGUACGGCGAGCGCGUCGACUUCUUCUCCGACUACCCCGUCCCCGCCUUCUUCGCUGAAUACGGAUGCAUUGAAGGUAUCGACGGCGGCGCAACGCACCGUCCCUUCACAGAAGUCGAGGUCCUGUACGGAAACAUGACCAAGGUCUUCUCAGGCGGCAUCGUAUACGAGUGGUUCAUGGGCACGAACGACUACGGCCUCGUCGACCUCACCGACAGCGACGCCAGCGUAUCCCCCUACCCAGACUUCACCUCCCUGCGCAGCCAACUCGCGACCGUCAGCCCCUCCUCCACAGCCCGCAGCGCCUACACACCCGCCAACUCCGCGCCCGCAUGCCCCUCAACAGGAACCUCCUGGGCUGCCGUAGCCUCCCCGCUGCCCCCCUCCCCCAACGCCCAACUCUGCGCCUGCAUGGCCGCCAGCCUCCAGUGCAACAUCAAAUCCACAAACGCAGAGGCCUACGCAGACGUGUUCGACUACAUCUGCGCCGCAGACUCGUCCUACUGCGACGGCUUCGCGCACAACGCCACCACAGGCGACUACGGCGGCUACUCGGGCUGCGACCCAAAGGACCAGCUCGCCUGGGCUGCUAACCAGUACUACAUCGGUAACAGCAAGAGCGCGAGCGCCUGCGACUUCAGCGGUCUGGCCACCAGGCAGACGGCUGCUACGGCGAACUCGUGCACGAGCUUGCUUAGCGCUGUAGGUACCGCCGGCACAGGGACGGCGGCUAGUCCUACGGUUAGGGGUACGAGUGCGGGCGCCACGGGGACGGCGACGAAGACGAGUUCCAAGGCUGCUGCGGGGAGCGUGAGUGCGCCUGGGUUCUUCGAGUAUGGCGGGGUGGUGUUUGGUGUGUAUGCUCUCACUGCUGUGGGGAGUCUGAUGGGCAUGCUUGUUUUGUGA